CAGUCGAGUGUUCAAUUCUCGUUUAGUCCACAUACCUAGUAAACUAUGGAGGAUAGAACGUGUAACGAUUCUGAGUGGCUCUUCUUGAAUUUCUCUUCUAUAGAAUUUCCCAGCGACACUUCUUUUCGCGAGUUGACUUGGAAGGAAUACGCCAAAAUCGUGAGUUACCUGUUAUUAAUGUGUGCCACAGUAGUGGGCAAUCUGGGCAUCGUCUUUGCAGUGGGUCUUAAUAACUCAAUGCGCACCACCAUCAAUGUUUAUCUGGUCAAUUUGGCAGUGGCCGACCUGUUGAUCUGUCUGACUUGCAUGUGGGUCCAUCUGUGCAACGAUCUGACCGAACCUAUUUACGUGCUGGGACCUUUCAUGUGCAUUUUCAAUCCAUUCGCCCAGAUGACGUGUCUGACUGCCAGUGUGUUGACUCUUUCCGCCAUUUCCUGCGACCGAUUCAUCGCCAUCAUGUUUCCACUUCACGUUCGAAUCACCAAACAGCGGACGGGAGCCGUCAUCGCAGUCAUCUGGAUAGUCUCCAUGAUGGCCGCCAUUCCCUUUCCCAUUUUCAGGACACACGUGGAGAGACAGUGGAACGACUUCUUGGAGAUACAAUGCUCUGAUGUUUGGCCCCACGAAGUCAUUUACUCUGAAGAAUUUGGCAGAUGCGUCAAGAUGGUCAGAGGAAAGAAGAUCUAUUAUACUUUCGUCACAGUGGCUCUUUUCUUUUUACCAAUCGUCAUCAUGAGUACUUCCUAUUCCCUCAUCGUCUGGAGACUGUGGAUGAACAAAGUUCCGGGAGAGAGGAGCUUGGCUAACAUGACUGUUCAACAUAACGCUAAGAAAAAGGUGAUCAAAAUGGUUUGUAUGGUUCUGGUGGUGUUCGUUCUCUGUUGGAUGCCUUUCCAAAUCAUCGUCCUCUACUCGCAAUUCGGACAUAACGAUGCUCCUUUACCCGAAUGGUUCGUAAAUUUCAAUUACUUCGCCACGUUUUCCGCCUAUUCCAACAGCGCUCUCAAUCCUAUUAUAUACGGAGGAUUCAACAAUAAUUUUCGACAGGCUUUCCUUAAAUUAUUGAAGUGUAAUUAUGGAGUAAAGAAUUUUAAACGUCCUCAAGGUUCUCGGAUGACUUUUAGCACCGCAGUGACGUGGAGUCCUUCUCACGGAAGGGGAAAAUUGACCAAUGGGAUUAAGGAAACAGAAUUGAAGUCACCUAUCAACGGGAGUAAACCUUACUUUUCUUAUACUAAACAAACGAAGCCAACACCGCUUCAAGUCGUUGUCGAAAUGGAUUCGAAAUGCGAUAAUUUUAGCGAAGUGAAGUUUUGGAUUAAUCAAACUUUUCCGGGAGAUAAAGAAGUGAUUUUUGUGUGGUCGGAUUAUCUUAAACUUGUCUUGUGCAUCGUUCUCAUCUCUUGGACAAUAGGAAGUAAUAUUUUAGUAAUUCUAACCGGUUUCUUCGAUCCUUGUUUUAAGAAUACGACGGGAAAAUGCUUGAUGAAUCUGGCAACUGCCGAUGUAUUUAUCGCCAUUUUCUGUAUGGCACUACAUGUCGUUCGCAUGUUUCAAAACAAACAUCAAUAUUUAUUAGGUCCAAUUAUGUGCAAGUUCGAAAUUUUCAGCAAAAUGACGUGUCUGACGGCAAGUGUCUUGACUCUUUCUGCUAUAUCUUGCGAUCGAUUCGUCGCUGUCAUGUUCCCCCUUCACGUCAGGAUCACAAAACAGAAGACAGGAGCCGUCAUCGCAGUUAUCUGGAUCGUCUCAAUGAUGGUUUCCAUCCCUUUCCUCCUCUACAGGACUCAUACCGAAAGACAGUGGAGAGAUUUCUUGGAGAUUCAAUGUAGAGACGUUUGGCCUUACGAAGACGUUUACUCAGAAGAUUUAAGAAAAUGUGUUAAAAUAGUCAAGGGAAAGAAGAUCUACUAUAGCUUCGUUACGGUUGCUCUCUUCUUCUUACCAAUCUUCAUUAUGUGUACUUCGUAUUUUCUCGUUAUCUGGAAAUUAUGGAUGAACGAACUCCCCGGAGAGAAGAAUAUAGCUAAUAUUAAUGCACAAUACAGAGCAAAGAAAAAAGUGAUUAAGAUGGUGUGUGCGGUUCUUUUAGUCUUCGUAUUGUGUUGGAUGCCUCUCCAAGUCAUUGUCCUCUAUUCGCAAUUUGGAUACAACCAUGCGCAGCCAGCAUGGUUCCUCAAGAUGAACCACAUAACCACAUUCAUCGCCUAUUCCAAUAGUGCCCUCAAUCCUAUUAUUUAUGGAGGUUGCAACAAGAAAUUCCGAAAGGCAUUCCUUAGAUUAUUGAAGUGUGGAUAUGGUAGAAAUAGAUUUAAGCGCCGUCAAUUAUCCGCUCAGAGAUCAACCACUUAUUUACUUUUCUGGAGAUCUUCUAAGAAGAAAACUACGCCAAUUUUCCCUCUAGUGACUCAAAAUGUCAUCAAUAAAUGGUUUUAUGCUUUUCUCAGUUUAUUAUUUUUUAAGUUUUUAAAUCAUACAAAAGACAAGAGAAUUACACUUGAUUUUAUAGAUUUUUUUUCAAGUAAAUGGUAUAGGCCUAUAAUACAUUUAUUUGAGUAAAAUAGAUUAAAAAAAUGUGAUGAAAUUAUUUGUAUUUAAUACUAAUGAAAGAUAGAGCAGAAACUCUCAUAUUACGUUACUUUCGCACCGUUUAUCAUUUAUAUUUUUCUAUUAAAUGAAACAAUACGAAGUUGCCCACAGAACCGUAUAAAAGAUGUAUUUCCUCACUCAAUUGGUGACGGUGCAGUUAAGUGAGAAUGCAACGUAUUGGAUAAAAAGUACGAUUAAGAUUUAAUUAAUACAUUUUUCUUUCUCUCUAGAUGAUUCGGCACGUUGUAUAUUUUACGAAUGGAGCGAAUUGACUGGUGGAUUCAAACAAACAUUAUGGUGGCUUCUAUAAAAAGGAAAGAUCUGUCAUCUUUUCUAGUUAAGAAUGCAAAAUAUCUAGAAUUCUGCAUCUCUCUCAUCGUUUGUUUUCAUCUCUACAAAUUACAGAAAAUCAGUUCAUGUCAGCAUUGUGAUUGAAUAAAUACAAACUUCUCGAAUACAAUUGUCUGUAUGAUUAAUCUCGAUAGAAUAAGAUCAAAGUUCGAACAGAAAGCUAGAGAAGUUUAAUAAGUUUAUCUGUUUCAACUCAUUAUAAAUACAAAUUUGGGAAUAAACUUUAUAUAAUAUCAUUUUAAACCUGAUAUAAAACAAACAAAUAUCAAACUUAUCUUCAUUAGAUUCAUCUGUAAAACGUGAUUAAUCAUCGAUAUUAAUUAACUUUUGUAAAAAGAAAACAUGUUUCUAAUACUUAUACUGUGUAUAUUUUUCAAUUGUCGUGUUUUUAACUAUAUGAAAGCCAUGUAAAAUCGUAUUUUUAGUACAAAUAAAAGAUUAUUUUUCGAAAA